UUUUGGUGUUAGGGAAUAGAGUAAAAUAAAAGAAAUAUUUUAGACAUCAGAGACUUGUUUUAUCUUCACUAAAGUACAUCCGAUUACGUGACACGUGUUUAACUGGUGCGCGGUGACACAGGAUCAACCAGAAGUACCACUUCUUUCACGGGCCAGAGGGAAGAAGACGUGCCGGACCUCCACAACGAACGGGCAAAUAUUCGAUGAUGUUGCCAUCAUUUGUUUUUAUAUUAUCGUUGCGCAUGAUCGGGGGACUUGAGAUUAACGAAAAUGUUAUAUUUCAAAAAGUUAACGAAGUGUCUGUGACCAGAGCUCAUUGGCAAAUAGCCCUACUUCUCGAUACCAACGUCUUCUCUACAUUUCUUACCCAACUUGAAACAAGACUAAACGAUAUCACAAAUACCACGAAAGACAUGAUGUUCCAAUUCAAACGAAAUGAUCUACUUUUAAAAACAGACGCCUUUGAACAAUCAUUAGCACAACUCCAUACGGAAAUCGAAUACAUCCGUUCUGACCAUGACAACGUACUUGACAGCUAUCUAGAUUAUAAAACGCUCAGUCAUACCCAGAAACGCUCAUUGUUACCCCUAGGCGGAUUCUUUAAAUUUCUUUUCGGCACAGCUGACGAUUCUGACAUCCGUAAUAUUCAAACACACGUUAAUCAACUUCAAGAAAGCCAGAAGACUAUUAUCCAUGUGUUACAAAAUAGUUUAUCCAUUCUCAAUGUUACCCAACAACACAUAACUGAGAAUCGUCACUCCAUUAACACUCUGAUAUCUACCCUCAGACAACUUGACGACAAAAUCAUGCACACACAUGAACGUUUACAGGCAAUGACCCAUGCUGUUCAAGAUUAUACGGUUAAUUACAACUCCCUUAAGAUCAUGAUUGAUGAAUUACGUCAGGCUGUUUUCCACGCAUCACUAUAUCUAGAAACUUUUAAAGGACAACUUAAUAUGCUCAGCACUGGCAAACUUUUUCCAUCUCUUAUUUCACCUAUUCACCUGAAAGACGUACUAUUAGACAUUGCGACAAAAGUGCCUAAUAAUUUACAACUACCAGCUAAUCCCAAGACCGACCUAUGGCAUUAUUACCAAUCUACCUCAACGACCGUCGUAAUGUCACCUACUACUAUUAUCAUUACAAUGGACAUCCCUCUCCUCGAGAUAGGAGCUUCUUUCGAGGUAUAUGAAGUAUUCAAUUUCGAUAUGCCCUACUCACCCAUUAACGAAACUAUCAAUGACAAUAAGAUCCACUAUAACAUGUCCGCUAGAUACGAACUGGAAACUAAGGGCUUCUUGAUUGAUCAAGCGCGAAAUCACUACUGCCUAUUGACAAAUAACGAACUGAAAACUUGUCAAGCGCGACGUACAUGUGACGUACAAUCCCCAUUCUACCAAGUAGACAUGUCUAAAUUAUGCGUCAUAGCCAUUAUGAUUAACAACACUCAGCACAUAAAGGAUUAUUGCAAGGUGAUCAUACACCCUAACACCGUCUUACCUGAUGCCAAAUAUUUAGGAUCUGCCGACACCCAGUCUGCAGGAGCUCCAUCGUCCAAUAUCACCCACUUUAUCGUCUGCCGACACCCAGUCUGCAGGAGCUCCAUCGUCCAAUAUCACCCAGUCUACAAGACCUACAUCAACCGCUGA